GGAAGAAGCGUUGGUAAAAACGAAAUAUUCUGUGUGGAAAGUUACCUGCGGAUAAGAAGUUUUAUCUUCAUUUUAAAACUAAAACUUAACAUAAUCGUGUCGUAAUUUACCAUGGCUGAAGCCAGGGCGGCUGUUACAAGCCCCGAUGUCCAUCUACACGCCGAAGGGACCAGCAAAGCAGAAGCCGAAGUUGAAUUGCUGAAGAGUACUUUAUUAUCUCUUAAGAGAUGUGCUUUCAGAACUCGGUAAGUUCAGGCGAGUGAUUUCCGAUACCUUGAUCGUUUUACAUGUAACACCUCAUGACAUUUUUACUGUUUCCCUUGAGAAUGUUUAAAAUGAAGGUCUUUCUCUCUCAGUAUUUACGAUUUGAACUUUCGGAAAACUUUUAUUUCCACAUACGUCGCAGUUUUACGAGAGUUUUGUUGUAGUUAUCACCACCAACAUUGAUAUUUGAAAGGAAAUAAUAAUGAUACAACGUGAAAACUUUUGAUCUCGAUACUUUCGAUCGAAACUAGGUUUUUAAAGCAAGCACAUUGAUUCUCUGCAGUUUACAGCGCGUGGUCGUAUAUUUUUUCGUACAUUCCGGCGAAUUACUGAAGAGGACGCGAUACACGUACAGUAGCGUUAGUUUAGAUCCUGCUUUGAUAAAUUAUUUCAAGAAGUAAUCGCCGUACACUUCGUCAGAGAUAAACAGAAGCAGAAAUUCCUUGUAGUGUUGUCUAAAUUGUAAUUUUACAGACCAAAUUUAUAAAAUUAAAAUUCUGUCUAAGACGAUUACCACCUAAUCCAUAUUUGAAUACGACGAAAGAGCUUUGCCUUCCUUCCGCACGUUUACGUUUUUUCCCUCGAGGUCGAAUCAUCUACUCUGGCAGGGUUUUAAUACGACACUUAUUAAGUUUCUCUUACUAUUGUUUUGGUUCACGAAAGCGUUUUUUUUCAGCAUAUCAAAUUUUUGCGUGCUUUGAAGAUGUUUUGAAACGGACUUUGAACCCUGCAGCUCUGGCAUCCUGUCCCUUCAGAUCAAACCGGCUAAAAAGAGGAAGCCGAGAAAAUAGAGCAGAAUGCAAUUUUUAUUACGUUUAGAUUUUAUUGAAAAAGAAAUUAAGAUUUUUCAGUUUCAUGGAAAGAAUAUACAGUUCAUGUUAAUUAUACAGUCAAUCAAAGUAUAAUGGCAGUAAUACAAUGGCAAUCUUCACUUCAUUAAUUUUGCAAUUGAAUUGUGUGAGGAAAUUAAAGCUUGGAACAUCAUGGCUUAGGGUAUUAGGAAAGUAUUCAUCCAAGUCUUAAAAAUGCCAGAUGCUUUAAAUUUUGAAAAAAUCUUAAAGUCAUGUUUCUUGGUUGUGAUGGCAUAUAGAGGCACUAAUCUAGCAGGUUUAAACUGGCACUGAAGUAUUUAUCAAUUGGCAUUUAUAAAUAUCUCCUCUCCAUGUAAAGUUCUUGCAAAAAUUUAUCAUUUGUGACUCUUGUUAUCCUGUAGUGCUUUCAGAAAACCAGAAGGGAAACAAACAUUAAAAUAAAUUCUUCAAUAAAAUAAAUUCUUCAAUACCAAGUUUGACUGAACAGAGGAAAUGACUACCAGAGCAUACACAUACACUAACAAUGAAAAACAAUAAGAUAAGUUAUAGAUAAGCCAAUUAGGUAUUACGUAUUAUAACUUGAGAGAUGUUAUCCAUUAGAUUUGGAUGGUUUCCUCGGUGGUCCUAUCCACUUACUUAGCUAUGGAUAGCCACAUCUGAGGCAUUAAAGAUAUUGAAGCCCUUGUGAGCUAUGAACUUUUUUCUCCUUGGGAUCAUUACACAGCAUUCUCCCUUAUUUUAAGCAGGACAGGUGAAAGAAAUUUUCAAACCAGUAAAGCAAUCCCUCUACUUGUUGAAUUUUCAAGGAAUUCCAAGUGAAAAGGAGACAACUGAUUACGGCUCUGCCACUCAGCAAAACUUAAUUGUUUAUAGCUAAAACUCAUGUCAGGACCCAUGAUUACUGCCAUACUGUUUUCCAAAAGCCAGAUAUGUUGAACUACAUGUAUUUCUUGAACUGACAUGGGGUUGAGUAAAUUUUAAUUGAAUCACUGCUAUUUCACCCUGGAUAUCGUAAUGAAACUCUCAAACAGUUCUCCAUUGUCUUAAGUAGUUUUUUUUUUUGAGGAAAGAAAUCCUCUAAAAACUGAACAAAAUUGAGAAGAUUUAUUUGUACUUGAGAAAGUAGUGCAUAGCUGAAAAAAGACAACAAAAAUACGAAAUUCACAAACGUGCAACAAUCUAAGCAAAAUUCAAUUGUGACUGUGGCAUGUGUAGUCAUUGAAAUACUGUGAUGCUGUAUUGCAAGGUGACCACACAUUUGUUUUGCACCUUCCCAUCUUUUUGGUAGUGUACUUUACAACCUUUAAACUUCUUGGUAUGUUGGUGGGCAGAAGUGAAAUCAAUUCUGAAUGAUAAUCCUGGGUAUAAGUACCAGUUUCACCUUGCUGAAAAUAAAACUUAUGGAAAAAACUGUGUGCAUGUACUUUUACUCUGUUCAAUUCAUGUUUGUAUACUUUUUUUUUUUCAGCCGCCAAAUAGCAAAUGGAUUAUGGCCAACAACAUGGUCCAACUUGUUGGGUGCUGUUGUGGUCAUUGCUGCUCUACUGUAUGCUGCUGAUUUCUACAAGCUAUCGUCCCUCAAACCAUUUACAGCAGUCAUGUGGAAAGUGACUUAUCUUCUUAAUCUGGAUGAGAAAUAUCCUUACAACCUCAGGCUUCUGUUCAUUUCAGUACUGGCUGGAGUGGUGUUUUUCAUUAUCCUUCUCUAUCUACGUCAGUAUCUGUUGAGGAUGCUUUUGGCUUAUAGAGGGUGGAUGUGUAUGUAAACUCAUUGCUUUUUAAUGCUUAAACUCCCAGUAGUGAUUAUCAUGUAAUUUUUCUGUAUUAUUUCUAUACAUCUUUAGCAAACAGGUAAAUGAGAAUACUCAGUAAUUCGGGCCCAUUUAUCAUAACCUCUAUUAUUUGAAUUGAAGAUGAGACCCCAAGAUCACAAAGCAAGCUGACACUAUUGUGGGGUGCAAUGGUGAAACUUUGUGCUGGUCACUAUCCAAAGCUGUAUAGUUAUCAAAACAGUCUCCCAAGAAUGCCUGUACCAAAUCUAAGUGAAACUUGUAAAGGACUGUUGCGUUCUGUGAAGCCAAUCUUGAAGGAGGAUGAGUACAAGAAGAUGGAGGCACUUGCUAAGGUUAGUGUUCAAUUUCUAUGUGGUCAGUGUUUGAUUUGAACUGUACAGCUAUAUUUAUUACAGAGUUAGUUGAUAUCAAAUACAAUUAAUCGGUUUAUAGUGGUUAUCUUGAGCUUUAUUUCAUUCACGUUACUCUCAUGUAGUUUGUUAGAACUAGCUUGUUUAUAUAAAGACAGACUACCCAACCUUUUAAGAAAAAUUAUUUUUAAGGACUUACCUGGUUGAAUAUGUUUGUAUCCCUUAAUUGUCUUGUACAUAUCAUUUACAUGUAGCAUCAGUGAAGUGUUUGCUUGAAAAGUUAAUGAACCUGAUAAUUUCAAAAGAAUUAUCAAUACUGUCUUUAGGACUUUGAAAAGAACCUUGGUCCCAAGCUCCAGUUUAUUUUAAAGCUGAAGUCCUGGUGGGCACCAAAUUAUCACACAGAUUGGUGGGAAAAAUAUGUGUACUGCAUGGGCCGUUCUCCUUUACCUAUCAACAGCAACUACUAUUGUUUAGACCAGCACUGGCAUCCCACACAUGUCCAAGCUUCAAGGUAAGUAUUUAUGGUCUGUUGUCUAUCAUAAACGAUUGUCUGCAUCAAGGCUUUGCCUGCCUUCUUUGAAUACUUGAAUAUCACUUUCCAGUCCUGUUAGGCCAUUGAGGUUUGGCUCUGGCAAGCCAUAGAAAAUGUACAAGAUUAGAUUCUGAGAAAACCAACCUUGCCUUCAUUGUAAGAUUGUUUUUACAUUUUGCUUACUAUCUAAUUAGAGUUGGAUGCUAAGAAAAAUUUAAAUUGACCCAAUUCACCUGAAAUUUACAGAUAAUGAAUUUAAAACUUUUUAGCUGAGAUGUAAUAUAAAACUUUUUGACUUACUCAAUUAUAGAGCUGCAACCAUGUCCUACCUUAUUUUGAAGUAUCAUCAGGAGAUUGAAACUGAGCACUUGGAACCCCUGUUGAUCAGGAAAACUAUUCCCAUCUGCAUGUGGCAGUAUGAAAGAACAUUUAAGACAACCAGGUAAAUUAUGAUAAAUGCCUUAAUAUGAUGGAACCCAAGUGAAGAAAUGAUUGUCACAAGUGAGCUGUAAUUGAAGUAAUUGCAGAAAAGAAGCCAAAAAAAAUGGGAUGAUGAUGGAAUUGAAAAAUGCGAGACAUACAUGCAAAUCACCAUACAAGGUGCACAAAAUUGUGGUAUCCAGUCAACCAUGCAUAGAAUCCUACUUGUACAAUUUAAUUUCUUUCCUGAAAAAUGAGAAAUAGGUUGUUUUUACAUUGUCUGUAAUUUCAGAAUUCCAAAAGAGGAAGUGGAUGAAAUAGUUCAUUUUGAACACAAUGAACAUGAGGUUUGCACCAAAAUUUAGCUCCUUUAUUGAAUUUGAGUUGGUUUUUUUUUUUUUUUUUUUUUUUGUGGAGAGAAGUUAGUCCUUUUAAGUGUUAAACAAUUUCAAAAUUAAGUGCCAUUGUUCCUAAUCAUCUUGCAGCACAUAGCUGUCUUCUGUGGGGGCAAUUGUUAUAUGUUGCCUGUUACUGAUAAAGGUAAAUUCAUAUCAGUGCUGGAUUUGGAAAGUCAGUUUGAGUGGAUUGUUGCUGAUGCUAAACAUUCUGAUGGUAAGAGUUCAUCAUAAUCUAUUUUUUAGCUCAGGGUUUUCUAAGAGAAAUAAGGUUGCAGCAGAAUCCUGUAAAUUUAAACAAUAUAAUUAUGGUUUCCAUAUCUGUGUAUGUAGCUCAUAAAGCUAUUGAAAUUUACUGGUAGCUAGAGAAUUUUGGAAAGUGGCCAGAAAGUUCUUGUGAACUUUCCUGAUAACUAUAUUACUUAUGACUGAUAUCUUUUUUAAUCUUUAAGAGUUAAAUCUGUUUCACUGUAGUUAUUUUUGUUUAUUUUUAUUGUGGGUUUUUUUGCUUGAUAAUGUAUAAACAUGUAUGCAUUGCUAGUUUCAUGUAAAUAAUUGUUAAUAGAUGCAAAGCUGAGGCUAUCAACUGACUAUAAUUUUAUUAAAAUGUAAUAUAACUUAAUAAAAGAAGCUCAGAAAAGUAAAAAUCAAAGAUAUUGUUGGGAUCACUGCAAGUUGAAAGCAAGUCAUAUUUGUUCAAAGUGAAUUGGUCUUGUAACCUGAAUACCAGAAUUGUGUCAUGUUCAUGAUUGAUGUCUUUUUCUUCCAAAUUUAGUCACCAAAGACCAGCCUGAUGGAAGUGUACCAGCACUGACAGCUCUACCAAGAACAGAGUGGGCCAAAAUCAGAAAAGAAUACUUUUCUGAGAGUCUGAAUCGACAAACCUUGGAGGCAAUAGAAGAGGCUAUGUUUGUGGUAAAAUGACAGAUUGUUAUUUAAACCAACAACAACAAUAGAAACAUCAACAAGCUACUUUUAUAGAGCUUAUAUGCAUUGAUAUGUAACGUGUCUACAUCUUGUAAGCAUAUUUUUGAGCUAGUUAUUAUUAAGUGUCCUUCACCUGAAUUAUUUACGCCUAAUUUUUAGGCUGAUAAAAGCUAACUAAUUACCACUGACAAGUGGCACUUGACAAAAACAUCAUAACAAAACUGUCAAUGUGUGCUUUUUGGACUUUGGUCAACCGUUUAAAUUUUUUGCCAUCCAUUUAAGCGGUUAUGGCAUCCGUUUAAACACUCAAGUUAGCCGUUUACAAUCCGUUUACAACCGUUUUUCGAGACCAUUUAAUGGAAAAGUGUUAGUGUCCGUUUUCCCAUGGAGGGUCACAUAUUUUCUUUGAUUUUAGGAAUCAGAAUCUUUGAUUUUAGGAAUCAGAAUCAAAAACCCCUUUGCACCAUAACAUAAGUAUCCAUAUUCUCCAUACCUUCUCUAUAAGUUUCUUUUGGAACUCACUAGGAGAAUUUGUUUGACAAUCAAAGCUUCUUAUGUUGAUGAUCAUUUCCUCUAUACUUAUGCUUAGGGUUAGCUUUAUGAAUGAUUCAGCAGUAGUACUGUGAGGGGAAAUUAGAUGCUGGGCACUUCUAGGGUUUGAAUUGUGUCCCUUAGUUGAAGUUUUCCUGUGUCCUCAUCACCUUUUUGCUUGACAAUGUACUUGUUCCAUUGGUACAAAUCACUUACACCUGUAGUAGCUAGUCUUUGCAGUAAGUGAAAUACAGCUCUGGCUGCAGCUUUCAUCACCAGUUUGGUGUCUUUACAUUGCAGGUCAUUCUGGAUGAGAAUUCCUUCACUGAUUUGACUGAACGCUCAAAGUAUCUACUGCAUGGUGAUGGGCGGAGCUUUUGGUUUGAUAAAAGUUUCUGUUUGAUGGUAUUUUCUGAUGGUAGAUGUGGGAUCAAUGCUGAGCAUUCUUGGGCUGAUGCACCUGUCAUUGGGCACAUGUUGGAGUAUGCCCUUACCUAUGAGUAAGUUUGAUCAGUGCCAUGCUGGUUGUUUCAAAGCUUUUUGUUCCCAAAGCAUGGCAAUAUUUUCUUUGGUAAGCAGUUCUAAUUACAGUACAUCGUAGGUCAAAAUGGUUUUCAUAAAAGAAAACAGGCAUGAGCUGCAUAAAUCACUGUCCAGCCCAUAAGUGAUAGCAAAAUGUAUAGUGCUAUCCACUGGAUAGAGAUUUAUCCAGUGGAUAGUGCUAUCUGACCUUUGAACUACUGGGGCCUGGUAUAAAACUGAGAUGAAGAAAAGAUUGUCUCUUCUUUCUUCAAGAGGAAUCCUUUAGAUCACUUUGCUUUAGUUAGUGUUUUUAUCUUUUCGGCAUGUUUUGUGAAAACUUUUUUUUUUUUUCCUCUAAUUUUCUAGUAGGCAAUCAACCAGAGUGAAAACAAAAAUAAAGUGAAGAGAUCAGUCUUAGCUAUACUUACUGAUUUGUAGAAUUAGUCAAACAAAUUCAGCACUUUGGAUCAUGUGACAAUAACAAUUUUAUCUUAUUGAGGAGGCGAAUGACUGUCUUUUGUUAACUAUGUGGCCCUCUCAACAGGUAUAUUUAUAGAACAUACAAUGAAAAAGGUAAAUGCACUCCUAUUGGUGGUGCUCACAGGAGUGCCAGCUUGAGGACACACAACCUUCAAAAGCCUGCCAGGUUAUACUGGGAUAUAACUCCUAAACUUGCAGACAUCAUUGAAGAUGCUGUCAAGUUUGCUCAAAAGGUAUGGGUUUGCACUGCAUUUUACAGUCAGUUAGUGUCAGCAAAAUAAAGAUUGUCAAUUUAUGGGGACAGAAAAUUUAUUUGUCCUUAUCAAAGACCAUGGAAUCUCUCCAGGAUUUCCUUAACAUUUUUGUGGACAAGAGAACCCUUCCUCACCAUUCUUCCUUGACCCUUUAAUUCCCGGAAGUGAUUAUCAUGUAACUACUUCCUAUAAUAUCUAUACAUUAUCCAGCAAACAGAUCAUGAGAAUACUCAAACUCAUCAGGUACAAGAUAUUACCUUGAUCGAACACCAAAUUCUCGUAACCAAUUACAAAGAAAUGUGUGGUAGCUAGAGGAGAGAAUUAACAAUCAGAUCUUGAGAGUUAAGGGUUAAACCACCAUAAGCUUUUCAUUCCUGAUAACACAACUCUUAAUAAUCCCUCCUUUCCCUCACCUUUAAAGACUGAGUUAAGCAAUUACUGACUUAUUGAAACAUGUAAACCAGAGGUUUUAGUUAUUUUCUACUACAAUUAUUUUUUGUUGUGUUCCAGAAUAAUGAAGACAUUCAGCAUAAAGUCAUAGUUCAUGAUGCAUUUGGAAAAGGCUUCAUCAAGAGUGUAAAGGUAGGCCUGUCAGUGUUGUGAUCAUGUUUGAAGUAUAGUGUAAAAAGCUUCUUUACACAAGGCAAGGACUUGGAAACUCUGAAAGUAUAAUGACAAACCUCUUUGUGCAGAAUAUUUCUGUGGAAUUUAGAUGUUAAAUUAACCUUUUCACUCCCAAGAUCUUGUUAGUAAUUCUCUUCACUUUCUGUCAUAAGAUUCUCACGAUGUCAGUUUGGAGAAUUUGGUAUGGAUCAACUAAUUAUCCCUCAAUUGAUAUUUUCUUUAUUCUCAUCACUUGGCUGCUUCCCGUAAUAUUGAUAUUGUGAGAGAAAAUUGGGUCUUGGUCUCUCAAGGGAACUAAAGGCUUAACUGGAAAUAUUUUGUCAGCAUGAAAGAGUGUUUUCCUAGUCUUUAUGUUGACUGCAUGUGAAGCAAUAGCAAUCCAUUUAUAGAGUUUCAUCUGUAUUUCAAAUUUUUUUAUCCUGAUUUUUACAGAUAAGUCCUGAUGCUUUCAUCCAGUUGGCUUUGCAACUUGCCUACUACAGAGACUCAAAUGGAAGACAUCCACUCACAUAUGAAUCCUCUAUGACACGCCUGUACCUCCAAGGAAGGACAGAAACUGUGCGCAGUUUAACAAUUGAAGCUAAAGAUUUUGUUCUUGCCAUGUUAGAUGACACAGUCCCACCUGAAGAAAAAUAUAAAUUACUUCAAAAAGCUGCAGAUCUUCAUGCUAAGAUGUACAAGGACUGUAUGAAUGGAAAAGGCAUUGAUAGACAUCUUUUUGCACUCUUUGUUGUGUGCAAAGGUCAAGGCUAUGUAAGUCCAGGAAUAUAUUUUACUUUAAGCUUUCGUAGCAAACCCAGAAAGCCUUGAACAUUUUUGGACAUUUUUGUGUUCCAAGAAAACAAAUCAAAUGUUAGAAAACUAAACCAAAAACAGCAAUGGUACAUGUGUAGUUAGUUUGUGGUUUUAAGGUGUUCUUGUGUUUGGCCAGUACACAAUUGAUUUGUCAUACUCAUAUCAAAAUCUUAAUAGUUUUCUAAGACACAGUAAUUAGCAGCUACCCCUAACACUUUCCUCACUAUUUUCAUCAUAUAUGUGCUUGAGAGAUUGUCUUGUCAGGAGUAGAGUACAGGUCAAUUUGCUUUGAAAUGUUAUGGACCCAGUCACACAAUAUCAAUAGCUAUUAAUCAAUCCCUAGGAGAGUGAGUUCUUGAAAAGUGCAUUAACCCUUCCAUGGACACUGUCUACUAGCCAGCAGCCUCAACAACAAAUGGCAGGUACCCACUUUAGUGUCACAGAGCCAGAACUUACACAUUUGGUAAGAUGAUACACUCAUUCAUUACAUUAUUCAUGUUAGUAGAAUUAAGAGUAAGAUGAUAAUAUGAUUUCAUAACCCCAAAGACCGAGACCACUGUCUCUGGAUCAAAAGGACUGGGUUGCAGCCUCAGCUGACCACUAUGUUGUGUUCUUGUCCCUCUCUAUCCAUGAUUGUGAAUGGCAGGGAAAACUGGCAGGAAAACCCAAUGAAAUGCUGAUGGGGUAAUCCAGCCAGGGGCUGGCAUCCUGUCCAGGGGUGUAGCAACAUUUUUUAGGAAACCAGUUUUAGAAUACAAGUAACCUCUCUUUUCAACUCAGUCUAUUUCAGAGGUAAAAAAAAUAUUUGAUUAACUAAUUUGGUUUUUUACAGCAGACUUAGAAAGAAAGGGCUGCUUAUAUUUAACUGAAAAUUAGAGACUCAUCGGUGAGAAAAAGGAGUAGAAAGAGGUAUUAAGUCUAACUCAAAAUGCAGAGAAUGUCAAUGUCAGAUAUGGUGUGUCCACAGAUUUCCCCUGGAGGAGGUUUUGGUCCAGUUGCUGAUGAUGGUUAUGGUGUUUCCUACAUGGUUCCUGAUGAUCACAGGAUUUUCUUCCACAUUUCUUCCAAGAUAUCAUCAAAAGAGUCAAACUCUGACCAAUUUGUCAAACUGUUGUUUGAAAGCCUUUCAGACAUAAAAGCACUUCACGAAACAGUUAAAGCUAACAAGGCUAAAUAACCAGACAAGUAGUGAUGUUUAAACUAAAAAUUAUAGUUGAACUGUUAUUGGUAUGGUUAGAAAUUAGCAGAACCACUGUAGAAUGCAGGUUGUAGUGUUUCAUGAAAUAAUUUGCUGCAAUGCAGUAUAUUUGAUUUUUCCCACAAUGUUACAUUGAUACUGGGAAAUAUUGUUUCAUUUUGAAUUCAACUCAAACAAAUUAAGGAAAAGGAUUUUGAACCAUUCUUGCCCCACAAAAUGUCUCUAUAAAGUAAAUUCAGUAAAGAGCCUCAGACCUAGAGUGCUAGAAAAAAUGUUUUGUGUCUCUAGAAGGGCCAUGAAGUAGCUCAAGAGAGCACAUGAAAGACAUCUCAUCAAUGAUUCAAAACAUCCUGCUCUAUACUCAGUGACAAUUUCUUGUUACCCUGUAUCCUGUAUACAAAUCUGGAAUUACUUGGAAUUGUUUUCCAAAGUAUAAGUGGACAAACUUACCUCUACAUGACCAAUACCCUUAACCCUUUUACUCCUAGCAGACAGGUGGAGAGAAUUUAAAACACAAUCAGCUGUAUUUAACCUUAAAUUUUCCUGACUUACAUGUGGAAAGUGCAGCUGCAGGACAAAAAUACUAAUUGAGGGGUUAAGAGAAUUUCACCUGACUUGAGGAUUCAAUCCAUAUUUUUUUAAUACCACUAAAUUUAAAUGAAGGAGAAUUCAAGAUGAUGUCCUAACUUCUCUUUUUUUGUGAUGCUAAGUCAUUGGAUGGAUCUAUUUUUUUAUCACUAAGUCCAAACAGAAACAUACAACUUAGGUUAUAUGCUUUUAAAGGGUCCUAAUUAUUGUUUCAAGCAACUUGCAGUGGGGUCAUGAGGUCAUUGGUCCUCUUUUGAUUGCAUUGUUGAUUGUUUUUCUGCUUUGAUAACUUUCAAUCGCUUAAGGGGGAGAAUGAGACCUGACCAUAAGCUGCAAGAAGCCAAUCAAAGGGGUGUUAAAAAUUUUGAGCUUUCACAGAUACACAACAACAAAAAUGUUCAAUCAAAUAAUUUAUUUAUCUCUUUUUAAGACUGUCAAUAUUUCAUUUUUAAUUUGCAAAGUGUUAGAUUGUUACCUGUAGACGUUAGGUUUAAGAGUUUUACUGAUACAGUGAAUGCUUUUAGAGUGCUAGUGGAGAUAUUUUGCUUUGUGAUGUGC